UCAGUAACGCAUUCAGAGAGAGAUGAAGAAACCGGCAGGAGCAGAGAAGAAGAGGGUCCGGCGAUCCGCCGGUUCUGUACCGAACGGUUCGAAUCCCACCGGCGAUGCUCCUCCAAAGAAACAAUCUGCAAAGAAGGAUGUUUUCCAGUCAUUUGCCGAGAAAGUGAGAGAUCACAAGGACUUGAUGUCAAGAUGGGCUGUCCUGCAGGAAACUCGAGUUGAGUAUUUCAGAGGAAAAGACUUUGUGAGCUUUAUGAGAAAUCACCCAGAAUUUAAAGAUAUACUGGAAUCAGAUAAAAAUUUGGAAACUGAUGAUAUUGCAAAUACUUUGCUUAGAAAGAAUCUACUACUGCGUUGUGACCGUGUAGUAAAAAUUGUUCGGCCUGGAAAGAAAAAGUUGUCUACUUGGCCAGCGCAUUUGGAGAUAUAUCAUGAUCAAGUGUUCUCUGAAAAUGAUGCCUUUUUUGCUUGGACAUUUGAAAAACGAAGUGCCCUUUGGCAAACGCUUCUCUCAUUUUCCUGGCCAGUUUUGACAUUAGCAAUCUGCUUAUUUCCUGUGUAUCCCCAUCGGUGCAAGCUCAUUAUACUCUACUCAUGUGCCAGCCUCCUCCUCCUCAUACUAUGCCUUCUUUUAUUGAGAGCAUUAACCUUUGGUACCAUAUGGAUUCUUUUUGGAAAGCGUGUCUGGUUUUUCCCCAAUAUACUUGCUGAGGAAGCAACUCUUGAAGAGUUAUUCCAGUUUUGGCCCAAGAAAGAUGAGGGGGAGCCACCGAAGUGGUCAGCAAGGCUUUUCUAUGCAAUUGUAGCGGUGAUUGCUAUACUGGUUAUGAGGCAUCAUGCUCCAGAUGAGGCUGCAAGAGCCAGGUAUCAAAAGCGGGUUUCCAACAUUAUUGAUGACGUGAUCGAGUGGUCUCCUAGUCUGGCUCUAUCAGGAAUGAUGGACAAACAAACCGUGGUCAAUGUCACAGAGCACAAUAACAUGACUGAAGAUGGCGAAGGCAGUACUGAAGACAUAGAUGGAGAGUCUAUGGGAGACCUAGACGACAUUGAGGACUCUAUCAAUGAUUUAGAAGAUAGUGAUCCCCAACAUCAUGACGAUAACUCGUAAAUUAUAAAUGUAUGUAGAAUAUAAACUGGCAGGGGAAGCGGUGUGUUCAGUUUCUCUUCUCUCUGCCAAGUUUUCUGUUCCUUAUCUCAGUUCAGAUCUCAAAAGUUGAGGUAUGAGAAUAGAUAGAUUGGCCCUCAUAGCAUGAUAUAAUUUUGUAUGCUAAUCUCACUAUCAGACCCUAUUCUGCUCCUUUCUUCUUUUUCCCUUCAUGGAUCAGCAUAAUAUAUAAAUUCAGAUCCGUUAAUUUAUUUCAUUGUUGAUUGCUA